AUGAAGUUAUUUUGGGGACUGUUAGUGCUGGGUUGCUUGCCCUUUGGAAUUGUUUUGGCUAAAACACCGAGUGUGGAUAUUCCUGCGCAAAAUGUAUCACUUUCAUAUACAACAUGGACAAAUAUUCCUGCCCAAAUUGUAUCGAAUGAUCAAGAAAUAAAAUGGACGAAACCCAAAAACUUCAGCGGCAGUUUUGAUAUGAUGUUGAACAUCUUUACAAGCAAUCCAGUUCAGGAAGGUGAAGUUUGCCUUUCUAUUGGGAAAAGUGAUACCUUCAAUGCAUACAAUAUUCCUUUCAAAAACGAUGGUUUUCCAGCGUUCUCAAUGCAUCAGGAAAUUGUGAUUCAUCCUGGAGAUGAAGUAAAUCUCUCUUUCUCUUCCAAAGAUGGCAAAUUGGAAAUAAAAGAAUCACCAAAGAGUUACUUCCACUUGACUAAAAUUAGUCCAUCCAUUGCCCAAACAGAGAUCCCAGAAAUUAGUCCAUCCAUUGCCCAAACAGAGAUCCCAGAAAUUAGUCCAUCCAUUGCCCAAACAGAGAUCCCAGACACUACUGUCAGACAAAGUAGUGAAGAUGUAUCAGGAGCAGAAGACAAUGGUAGCUCUAUGAAAAAAAACACUAUGCACAUUCUUAUCUUUGUGAUUUGUGUAAUGCUCUGCAUGCUGUUUGUGUAA